AUGAAUCUAAGGGUUUUUCAAGAACGCAAUUCUCGCUCAAGGUCUCCGAAACGUUACAGCUUAAACCGGAAAAUUAAAGAGAGGUGGGUUAUAUAUUGCGUUUUAAAAAUGUUAGAGUUUCUGUGCGUUUGCACCUUGUAUCAUAUAAAAUGUAACUGAUAUAUACUCAGAUAGCAGAUUAAAUUUGUUAUCCUUUGAGUUUUCAACACAAAGGCAGGUGAUCGCCGUUUUAUGUUUAAAACCUGAGAACAACGAAUGUAUAGUGGCAGUAAUGACAGUCAAUUAGUUCAGUGCAUGUGCCUUACGAAAUUAGUACGGCUGAAACGGCUGUCCGUUUUAUACAGCUCACCUCUCCUUGAGAGCAUCUUGCUCUCUAUUUUUUGACAAAAGGACUAAUGAACAAGAGUUAUUUCGUGCCUUAAAAGACUGCAUGCUAGGAAAUUAACAAAAACAAUUAAGGCAGGUUUUCUUGGUCCCAAGGAUACCAAAACAAGGACACUCAGUCUCAAAUAUGGGCACAUAAGUCUGUCCUUUGGAGUGUGUAUCAAGGAGACAUGGCUGUAAUAAGGACACCUCUGUAUGCGGACACUUGGCUCUUUCCCUAAGGUGACUGUCUUGCAAGAGGGUUUGACUAAUGACUAUAAUAUGGAUACCUCUGUACCUGGACAGUCACUUGACUAUGUCCCUUUUGGCGCCUGUAUCAAGGAUUCUUGAUUGUAAUAAGGGCAACUCUGCAUACGGACACUUGGUUCUGUCCCUUUGGUGCCUUUCUUAAGAGGGGUGCCUAUAUUGACUCCUCUGUAUGCGGGCUCUUUCCUCUGUCCCUUUGGUAUCUGCAUUAAUUAAGGAGACUUGAGGGUAGUAUUGAUACCUCAGUACAUAAUGUGGUUAUCUGAAUAUGUCCCUUAGGUGUUCGUAUUAAGGAGACUUCACUGAAAUAAAGAUAUCACUUUAAUGUGGCAGUUAAAGCUCUGUCUCUUAGCAAAUCUCUGUCUUAAGAGGGCUUAACUGUAAUAUGGACACCUUUGUAUUUGGACACUUGUCGUUGUCUCUUUUGAUGUCUGGAUCAAGAAUACUUGACUAUAACAUAGACUUCUUUGCCUGUAUCAAGGAGGCUUGAUUGUAGUAUGGAAACCCGAGUAUAUGACUGUGUCUCUUGGGUGUCCAUAUUAAGGCGACUAGACUGUAAUAACGUUACCUCUGUAUGCGCACACUUGGCUCUGUCACUUAGGUGCCCUUAUUGAGGAAACUUGACUGUGAUAGUGGCAUCUCUAUAUACGGGCACUGUUAGCUCUGUCCAUUUGGUGUCCGUUUUAAGAUGCGGUUUGACGGUACCUACCUUCCUUUCUAAACACAUUAAUUUGUUUUAUUAGGAAACACAUAGACAGUUGUGAAAUUGGGGCCCAGCUAUUGGCGCCUGUCUCUUCACAAACACGAGUUACAGAAAACCGCGGACGUGCAAAUGAAUUCCCACGUUAUGAAGCAAAAAGAAACAAUGAAGUGCGAACUACAGCUCUUUCCUCUUUACAGGGUAUGCUAAGUUGUGCUUUGUAUUAGGCUCCAUUUACAGGGGCGUGAGAUAAUAAUUGUUUUAUGUCCCUAUCUUUCAAGUGGAGAAAACUCGCGAAUCCGAAGAAUCAAUACGCAAUAAAUCUUUCCAGCUAUUUUGUAGACUUGUCCCUCCCCCCACGCUCACUGCUCAUCCGAAAAAAUGUCACUCUUAGUAAAACAUGGCGUGGAAGUGGACAUGCCAAUCUUGUAAGUACCCUGGGUGUGACGCAGUGUGACAGCGCCGGCACGAAAACCAUACCGGAUAGGGCUUUUGUUCACACUUAAAAACGGUGAUUUAGGAGCGAUUUAUGUAACGAAGCGAAACUGCGCAGUGCCGAUCUCUAAAGUACAGAGUCAGAUUGGUCAGAUUGUUCUUCACACUAUAGUAUAGUGUAUGUUAUGUAUUCAGGUCACCACCGCUUUUCUCCUUCAUUCUGUAGAAAGUUUCUGGUUUUUUUUUUUACCUCCAUGAGAUAUUUUCUAACAUCUUAUUUCAUGCUUUUUCAUGUAAAUCAGACGUACAAGAGCAGAAACACAGCUGGAGCACUUCUACUCCAAUACAACACUUCACGAUGCCUGCGCGCAGUCCAGGAGACUUCAGCAGAAUCGCUAGUCAGUUCGAGAACAAUAUGAGAAGGAAACUGGAAAACCAACGCUACGUUCAAGUUCCUUACACUCAUUACCCACUAAAUUAUGGACCCCAUUUCGGAAAUUUUCAGGGGAUACACUCUAUACAAUCUCAAAAUCCGCUACAAAAUGGUGUUGGCCUUCAAGGCAACCCUAGGCCUUUCAUGCAGUCUUACAUAACACCAAUGCAACCUGGUACAGCUGUGCAUUUCAGUCACGAAAUGACUGCUCAAAGUAGUGAGGCUUAUAACGCUUUUACAGCAUACAAUAAUCCAUUUGGGAUGUUCUGGCGACCAAAUUAG